UAUGACUCUGUAUAACGGUUGCCACUCUACUUAAUAAAUCCAAGGUCCCCGUGCCGACAGACUUUAUUACCUCUCCGUCUCAUUUUAUCUGGUCCAGUAACUAGACAGACCGUUUUUCCCCUCACUAACAUGCCGACAUUGCAGCAAGCAGUGGGGUCCAGAGGUCUCAGACUUUGUUAGGAGUGGGUACUGGCCCGCUACUAUGCAAGCACAGACCCUGUUCCACCAGGAUCUGUUCAGUUCAUUUGAGGCAAUGAAGACUGCAGCUCCAGGAAUGUCUAGGCAGGCCUUCACUGCAAUGUUGGACCAUAGAACCAAGCAGUUUGUACGAACCGAAAACGUGAAUGCAGACGCUUUUCAGAGGAGUUUCCUGCAGUACGUGUACUGCAAGUCAGAAGAAAGCAAACUUCUGGGGAAGGAUUCAUUCAUCUGUCCAGCCUGUAGCCCUGAAAUGGUUGCUGUUUCAGUUGAUGGCAACGGGAAACUCUACAGGUUCCAAAAAACAAACCAGAGGGAAGAGCCUGGGUUCUUCGAUGGUGUGUUUUUAGCCAAAGACUCUCGAAGUGUCUACUUUUGUUGAGGAGGUCCGGGGGGCUGACAAGAGUACUUCAGGAAAAGCAAUGUGUGGAGAAACCCACUGGUCAGCAGCAAGAGAGACAUCUAGACAGAGCAGCAAGUUAGAUGAAGAAGGCGUAGAAGUAGCGGUGUGUCGGCAUGGAUUCCUCCUCAAAGGUCUGAAUAUGUAUCGAGGAGAAAUCUUUGCGGAUCCAAUGUUUCUCCAAAAAGAUCUCCAGAGCGCAAAGUUUUUGGCAAUGGACGUGACCUGCCGAUACGUGCCUUACAUUAAUAAGGUGUCAGAGGCACUGACUCAUCUCAAACCUCUUCAGGAAAUGAGGCAUUGCCUGUCUGUGAUGCACGCCAAAGCCCACAAUACCAAAUGCGAGAUUCUUUGGAGUGCAAGAAACCAGGAGGGUGUCGGCACCAUUCUUGGUGAAGAAGUUGAGCAGGUCAACAGCUAUCUUUCAAGAUGUGCCCUGACCACCAAGUAUAUGGCCAAGUCAGUAAGAAUUGACAUGCUUACUGUACAUGCCAUGGGGUGGAAUCAGCGCAAAGAGGAUGGCCUUCACAUUGCCUUGUCUUCCAGAUUUAAAAAGACCUGGGAAGUUUCUGAGAACCUGAAGAACCUGCAGGACCAGAUGCAUUGCUGGGAUGGCAUGCUAAAACAAUGGGUUGCUGAUGUCAAGCAGUGGGCCAGUAGCGAUCGCAACAAAAGGCGUCAGAAAAUAACCCAAAAGAUAGCCCAGGAGAAGAAACGGUUGCUAGAGGAGAUCGUUUGGUACAACCAAAAGCCUGACGUGGACCUGGUGGAUACCAGCUCUGUUGUGCAGAACCUCUCCAGCAAGGCUGAUGAGCGCAUGAUCUGGCCAUGGCAGGAGCAGAACAAAGACGGUGUUGACAUCCUGACCAAGAAGAAGCUAUUUGACCUGCAUAUGCUUGCUUCAAGACUGGCAGAGGAAAAUGAGAUCCUGGUGAAGGAGAUGAUGCAACACUGUCAGUACCUCAAGGAGGCAUGCACCAAAGUCCAGUCUCUGAUGGCCACCAUUUCAGGGAGCAUACAGACAGGAAGCUAUCCGAAUGGCUUCACAGAAAAGGGGUCCAAAGGCCUCAUCUGUGUUCUUCAGAGAAGGUUGAAAGACCUAAAGCUUAAACAGAGGACUGUUGCAGGCGCCUACAGAGGCAUUCUCGAACCAGGUGUCAGACUGGUGGAAGAGGAGGACGGGGAACUUGAGGAAGACAUGGAUUCGCAGAGUGAUGACAGCUCGGAGGAUGAGGAUGAUGGAGAGGAGGUGUAGGGGCUACUAUUAAUAUGUAGCCUGUUAUUUUUUAAUUUUUUUUAGUUUGCUCAUACUGUUUUGUUUAAUUUCUGUUUAGCUUUAAGUGCUUUCAUCUUUGACUCAUUUGAUUUUACUUGCCUAACGCCUGAUUUCCAUCGGGGACGUACGCGCGCGGAACGGCUGUGAACUCUGCCCUGCGUCCAUUUCCACCGGGAGGGUAACGGCAGCGUAGCGCUGCCUUGCAAGUAUUCACGCGAGAUUACGUGAUAAUCCUCGUUAUGCAUCGUCCUUAAUGUUGUAUGUUUACUCAUGUGCUGUUCCAUGAAUCAGAAUAAAUGCUUGCUUCCGAAGUUCUGGAAGCUCUUGUAAAAUUGGUUGUUGAUUGUUACAUUGCUCUUACAAGUACUUUGUUACAGUAGGCUACUUAAAUAGAUAUGAAUGUGAUGGUACACCAGUACAAACAUCUGAGGCUGGUAGGCCUAUAACCUUUCAGUAGUCACUUAAUCACCCCCAGUUAUUUCAAUAAACCAAUGUUAUUAUUAAACUUCA